CUCUCCCUUUAUUCUCUCUAUCCAGAGCCGGUGCUCCGACCUAGAGAAACCCCUCCUCGGGCUACAGGCGAGAGAGACCCGGGACAAAGCAAUCGCAGAGCUGAGACGCUUCCCCCAGGCACCUGCUGAGAAGUUCUGAGUCAGUACCACCUUCCUCUGCCCAAAUGGAUCUGCUGUGGCUGAUUGUAACUCUGCUGCCAGGAUGUCUAUGUGCGGUGACUGUUAAUGUCCCUUCACCAAUUGAAGCUGAGAUUGGGGAUCAAUUGAGCAUCCAGUGUAAGCCGUCUGCCUCCGGGUCACCCAAAUACAGCGUGGAGUGGUUUGUGACAGAUCAGUAUGGGGACCCCCAACGCAUCGCAACAUACAGCAAUGGAAAAAGUAUCACAGACCCAGGAACACAAUACAGUGACAGAGUGUCGGUCAAAAGUGACCUCAGCCUCGUGAUCUAUGAUGUCAGUGUAGAUGACGAUAGGAGCUUCCUCUGCAAAGUAAACGCGGGGAGCGAAGGCACCGCUACGGGCAGCGCUGACCUGAAAGUGUACGAUCCACCAGAACCACCAGAACUCACCAUGACUGGGGGAAUAUUGUCAGUCACAGAAUCGGAUGCAGUGGAGAUUGGAUCCUGUAUCGGUCGGAAUGCUUAUCCUGCACCAACUAUCGAGUGGUACAAGAACCAGCAACCCCUAAACCCACCAAAAAGCCCAAACAAGGAUCUGUACAUGACGUCUCGCACAGUCAGAGAAGCCUCUGGUUUGUUCACCGUCUCCAGCACUCUCUUCCUAAGGCCAACGAAGCAAGAUGCCGAUUCUCGAUUUUCCUGUAGAGUUGUAUUUGCUGUACCUGGAGGAUCAUCCGGCUUUAUGGAAUCUAAGGCCUUUAAUCUGACUUUGCAUUUUUACACAGAAGACGUGAAGUUUGAGUUGCUGUCAGCCAUGCCGAUAAAGGAGGGGGACGAUGUGACUUUUCGUUGUGCAGGAGACGGGUACCCCCCACCUUCCUAUAUGAUUGAAAGAGUCAAGGAUGGCACAGAAGAAGAAUUAUACUCUGGCUCUGAUUCAAUCUUUAUAAAACGUAACGUGUCUAGAGAAGACUCAGGGGUGUAUCGAUGUCACGCUCUGGACUUUGACACCCCAGAGGAGAUUAUUCUUUUACGGGAACAGAACAUUUUUGUGCACUAUCUGGGACCCCUUUCUGUGCUCCCACAAGAACCAGUCACCAUACCUCAUGGCAAGGACCUCCAGCUGUUUUGCUCAGGUGAUGGCUCUCAGAAGCCCCAUCUGAGCUGGAAAAAGGGUGACAAAAUGAUCUCAGAAACCAGUAGAUAUCGACUGCGUGAUGUCUCAUAUGCUGACGCUGGGGUUUAUACAUGUCUGGCUACUGUGCCUGAAGUGCCUGGACUGAUGAAGGAGCACAGCAUCACUGUCGCUGUUGAGGGAGCCCCUCAGCUGGAACGUGGAGAUGAAGUAGUUGAGGUGCUUUCUGAAGGUUCUAUGGUGACACUAACCUGCUCAGCACAGGGAUUCCCAGAACCAGAGAUCACCUGGAACCCACCAGAAUUAAAGAGCACACAAACAUUAAAUGGACAACACGUGAUAAGCACAGUAACCAUGAAAGCCUUAUCUAAACUGAUGAAUGAUAUAUCCUGCUCUGCAAGAAAUGACCUUGGGUCUGCCGAGAAGAAGUUCACUCUAAACAUGAACUCGGUUUCACCAAGUGCAAGACCGCCACAAGAACAGACCGGUGGAAGUAGUACAGCCAUCAUUGCUGUGGUCGUUUGUGUCAUCCUCCUCCUUCUGGUCGUGGCCCUCUUUUAUUUCCUACAGAAGAAAGGAAAAUUAACGUGUGGCUCAUCGGAGAAGCAGUCAUUAGCCCAGGAUCCAGCUUCGGGUGAGCUAGCUGUUGAGUUAAAAUCUGAGAAAGGUAACGAGCAACGAGGACUUCUUGGUUCCCGCGGUGGAGGUGGUCAGCCAUCAGAGUGUUAACAACGAGGAGCACUGAGCUCUACCAUGGAAGGACAUUUGGAUGGACAGCGCCAUCUUUGCCUGCCCUGGAACUCACUUGCUGCCUCCAUGUCUCCAGCCUGUGGAUUUCUGCUUUCUCUGCUCCCUGCACUUGUCUCAGAAUGUUACAAAAGAAAAAGCAAUGCAAGGACUCAGUUCAAUGAGAUACCGCAUAAAGCCCUAUGGACCUCUUGUGUGAUGCUAAAGGAGAGAGCCCCCCAUCCAACCUCAGGAUAUCUGGCUUUUAUUAUGACUCUUUGUAGGGCUCUCUUAACAAGGUCUGUUGAGGGGAUAACACUCACCCCUUCCCGCGUUGCCUUAAUGUCAAUUGGCCAUCGCUGCAUUUCUACAGAUCUCUGCCAGUUUGCUUAAAUUUGAUCCAUUUUGCCUUUUUGUUGCUUUUAGUUCAUGUUAUACCUGUUUUUAUUUCCCAGACUUUGUGUGAAAGAUCUCCAUAAGCCCACUGGGUGAUGCUGCAUUCCCAGCAUGCCUUGAGGGAGUAGCACUGUUGGGACUUUAUUGAAUUACACUGGCCUUGGCCUUCCCCUGCUUGGGCCUAUCUGUAUAUAAUGUAUUUACCUGUUGUCAGUACACUGGUUAGAUUCUCAGUUUGUGCCUAUGUUUGUUGUCAUUUUGAUCCCCAAAAACAUACCCGGGAUUAUUGUUUUGUCUCCCAGUCCGUUCUUAUCAGUCACAGUUUAUAUAGUUUAUUAUUCAAGUUAAUAUACUCAAAAGUAUGUGGACAACCCUUCUAAUUACUGUAUUUGGCUUUUUAAACCACAGCCUUCUUUGCCCACUCAUGUACCAAUACAUCAUAAAAUGGCAUUC